CUUUUUUUUUUUUUGUGUCUCUUAAUUUGCUUGAACUUCUCGGACUGAGAGGAUUAUUCUGGCUAAAACAAGUUAAACCAACAUUUUUAAAUGUUUUAAAUGUCUUCGAUUUUUUUUUUAUUUAUUUUUUAAGCACUGCGAUUUGUGUGCAUUGUCUCUAUUGUUGAAUGGUGCUUGAAUAAGAUCCAGAGUGUGUCAGCGGGAAAUGAGCAGAGAGAAUUGACACAAACUCCCGUCCUGAAGGGACAUCGCGGGGCUGGCCGUGCACCUGGUAUCUGCGGGCACCUUGCGUCUGUUCCUGUGUGCUUCGCUCUCUGUGAUGCCACAGUACAGAAACAGAGCGUAAUAUCACUACAGAUAUUACGCAAACUACAGCAAUUGUGUGAUACAGAAAGCGAUGAGAAUGUGACGGCCGUUGUCUUUCGUAGUCCUAUUUUCCCCGAAAGUUAAAUACAUGGUGUUGUGAUACUCUGUAUGCCCCACACACUGAUUGGAAAGAGCCCAGAAGUCUGUGUGAUACUUCCCAGCGUAAUUUCCAUAAUUUUGUUCAUCCAUGUCCUUUGUUUUGGAGCUGUUGAUGCGUGGUUAGGAGUCAUUCAGCAUGCCGAAGGGGAGUCCGUAGGAGUCGUUAGUCGCCGCGAUGAUAGCGAAACUGCAGCGGAAUGGCGUGGUGACAGACCCGCUCUCCCACGUCCCCGUCUCCGCGCGGCAGACCGCCAUGGACUCCUUCGACUUCCACUUUGAGGGCACCAGCAGCCUGGACGCGCAGCCGCUGAGCUGCCCAGGGAGCCGACUCUCGCCGGCCAAGUCCAACAGCAGCAUCGACCAGUUCAGCCACCACCACGGGAAAGGGGACUCUGCGUACAGCUCCUUCUCCGGGGGCUCCAAUGCCCCAGACUACACCUCCCCGUUCCUGCCAGACGACAUCCACCACCAAAGCCUUCAGUACGCAGAUCUGAAGUAUGUCAAGGGUGUCUACAGUCCCAACAUUCUCAACAUCAACAGAUCCGCAAGCGUGGAUCAGCUUUUUGAGACCGUAGGGGGUGACUCGCAGGAGUGCUACUGCCACAGUCCCUGCCAUGGUGCAGACUGCCACCGGGAACCGCCUCCACCACCACCAGCUCGUCUAGACAGUUUCAUAACCAUCAAGAACUUGGAAAAUUACAGAGAGAACUUGAGUUCUCAUGGCCCUUGGGCUGAAAGAUCACACCAGAGGUCUGAGACUGCUAAUCCUGAUGCUGUUCAUCCCAGACAGAAGUUGGCCUAUGGCCGAAGGAGCUCACGGUCUAACCUGGAAUGUCCAGAAGGUCUGGAAGACUCGGAUCAGACACCCAAACAAAAGCCUAUUCAAAGUUCUUUAAACCAGCAGUCUUCGUCCUUUAUUCAACCAGAAUUCCUGAAACAGCAGGUCGUAGGUGCUGGUAACUGGUCUGAAAAUCAAAGCAGGAGGUCACGUUCUGAGCAAAGGGCCAACCUCCCGGAGCCGUUGCAACCCGGGGAUACCCAGCAUGCAAUGCAGAACCUGCCAAAUGGCAACAUCCAGCACAAAGGGAAUUUCUACUUCGUAACCGGCGUGUGCAAAUCCUCAGAGUCGAGUUGUAGAGAUGCUCUUUCAGAGGGCGAGAUCAGUCCUUCAUCUACAGCAGACACACACAGGCUGGUGGAGAUGGAAGAUAGGUUACUCGGUCCUGUGGUUGACCACAAUGUGCGACAAGGACGCGAGAACAGUCUUGAUGGCUUGCAGGACUCGGAAACCUGUCAUAAGAGUCACGAUGUGUACAACAGCAUCAAAGACGAGGAAUCUCAGAGCAAAGUCUCGUGUGCUCAGAGUAAUAUCUCAAACCAGGGUUUCUAUGGUCUGGAGAGUUCGGAAGAAACAACCAGUGAGAGAAACUGUAGCUCCCAAAGACAUCCCAUCUUCUACUGUGGUCCAGAGGACGGUUGUCCCCGAAUUUACAAAGAUGACAAGGACACUGCUGCUGUACUGAACGCAGACCAGGGAGGCAUCGAUAAGAAAGCAGACCUUGCAGUAAGAGGGAAGAGACAGCCUUUGGGAGACUUAGCCAGUGAUAAGAUCAACAAGGAGACCACUCCUCUCUUGUACCAUCUCACGGGUGAGAACAGGGGAGUGCUGAUGCACAGGCCCAAGAGUGACACCAGUGGGAAGUGGAGGGAGUCCAGGCGGUAUAGCGCCCCCCUCAGGCAGCAGAGUGUAGAGGAAGGGAGCACCUCCAGCAGAAGUGGUAUCCUGCUGAACAACACAUGCGGCGUAGACCAGCAAAACCAAGAGCAUCUCUCCAGCCCAGUAGGAACCCUGGAUGAAUCCUUCAAGAAGUAUUACAGGGAAAAGGUAAAGGAUGCUCAGAAGAAGGUCUUAAGGGAAACAUCAUUCAAAAGGAGGGACUUGCAGCUCUCUUGGCCUCACAGGAUCAAACCACGGCUCGAUCUGAGGCCAUCUUUCCUGAACUCUACCGUGUCCCUCCAGGGAUCUCCGGUGACACCCGAAAGCCCCUCGCCCUGCUUCGAGCUGGAAACAGAGUUGCAAGGGAAAGAGAACAGGAACUGGGAAGAGGCAGAAGAGCAAGAAAAAGACGAGGCGAAGCUGUCUAUUGUCCCUCAGCCUCAGGUAGCACGAAUCGGGAGCAGGAGGAGGCUGACUUCUGAGCAAAAGAAACUCUGCUACUCCGAGCCGGAGAAGCUGAAUCAAGUGGGGGCUGCACCCCUGCAUCCCGUGUGCAACUCCUUGGGCAAUGAGGAGGAAGGCCUGCUGUCCAGGGAUGAUGUCAGCGAGCAGGGGCUGGUGGCCUCCAGGAAGAAGCUGUUCGAGACCCGGGACCGUGCCUACUCUACCUCCGGCCGGCCCAAAAACACCCUGAAGCAGAUCCAGCAGAAGGCCCUGGUGGCCUAUAUGGAGAGGAAGACCGGGCAGAAGACGGCUGAGCCCCAGCAGCCUGUACACUACCAGAGGCACUCGUCUGCAGGCCUCCCAGCUGUACUCGCCCUGAGGUCGCUUUCCGGGAAUGUGGCGCCAAGACCGAAGCUCCUAAGGCCCCUUUCUGCAGGCCGCAUACUGGAUUCCAGUGGCCCCUUCCUGCCUUCGCAGUUCAGCUCUGUCCACAGUGAUGUGCUGCCAAGUAAAGCCAACUGGAGGGAAUGUACCAGCUCCGCAACCGGGAAGUCUGCCUCGGCUGAGACCCUAUUGGAUCAGCCCGAACAGGGAACCUUCUUCCAAACCCGCUCCACCUCCACCCCCUACAACCUUCAGGUUGAAGAUGACAUCCACAAACCUCCAGUUUCCUCCACCCAGAAUUCUUGUGCUCAGAGGAGACCGGAUGGGUCAGUGCGGGCUCUUACAGAGCGGGCGGUCUCCGUGUCGGGGGACAUCCCAGCUCGACCGGUGGCCCUCAGGGGAAAGUCCAUGGAGGAGCUGGGAGCGGGCCGGAUCGACACGGUACAGGCCCUAAGCAAGAGCUCUGAGCAGCUGGACCAGCUGGAGGACGGGCGGAACCCUCCGGGCCGAGAGCAGCGGCGGCUGUCCUUCUGGGACGCGACGAGGAAACUCCAGCUGGGGCCGCGUAGGACGCCCUUUGUGAGACAGGACACCGCCCCCGAACUGGGCAGCGAGGCAGGGGGCAGCGAGGCAGGGCUCCGGGGCCUCGGCGACGGCCCAGACAGGCCACAAUGUGGGUCCCCCUCGUCGACGGGGCCCCCCUCUCCAUCCGAGGCCAGUAGUGUCGUGGGCAACAGUGUCUUCUACGUCAGUGACGCUGAGACGCCGUUCCCCAGUAGCCAAGCCUCCCAGGAACGACGGACCAGCAGGACCGGUUCCGUAUCGCCAUCUAGUCCGACCGGUUCCAGCAGAAUCGGCGCGGCCCCUCCCGUGCACGCCCUGUUACCGGGCCAGGAUGAUGUUCCGAGACCUGAUCCCUCCCAGGAGGUGUUUCUGGGCCGCGGCGUCACCACCGAUCCGAGUUCGUGGCUCGUCGCGCAGAACAAAGAGGUUAUGGAAGAAUCUCGCCACAUCUCCGGUGAGACUGAAUCCCCGAGCGCGUUGCCAGAACCGGCGACGCACGAGCCACCGGUGGCGACGACCUCCGAAGGUCCAGACCUGGAGGAAAAUGAGGGAAAAGACGGUGAUCUGCCUAAAGAGGAGACUGAGAAAGGAGGUGAGACUCUGGUCGAGACCGGAGCUCCAGCCAAGCCACGGUGGCAGGUGUUGGUGGAGGAAGUUGUCGCGGAGGACCAAUCACUGGCCCGUGUCCUGCUUCCGGUGACCAAUCGCAAGACGGCAGUGAUGCUGAUGGAGGAGCUGUUGUCUGAGGACACACUGCUAAUGGAGGAGCAUUACAGACAUAAACACACACAGCAACCUGGCGACAGCUCUGAAAUUUUAGAGCAGCAGAACAUGAUGCCACCAAGCAAUGAGAACCCAGACCCCGAUGGGCAGAUGCAAGAUGGCCACGUAAAUAAAGGAAGUGACAUCACGGAAAAGAAGAGGGUUUUGAUGGAGUGCAUCAAGGGGCGCCUGCAGCUGGUGGAGAAGCAGCGAGUGGCCCUAAAGGAUGCGGUGGAGGCUAACGGCCUGCAGGGCGGCGCCGUCGACACCCUGGUGCAGCAGAGCUGCCCGCCAGCCGAGUACGAGCGCUACACACUGUUCGUGGGGGACCUGGAGCGCGUAGUGAGCCUGCUGCUGUGCUUGUCGGUGCGUCUGGCUAGGGUGCGUAACGCGCUGAGCGCCGUUGGGGAGCAGGCCGACGCGGAGGAGAAGCAAUCACUGGACAACCGGCACCGUUUGCUGUGUAAACAGCAGGAGGAUGCCAAAGACCUGAAGGAUAACCUGGAUCGGCGGGAGCGCGUGGUGUCCACCAUCCUGGCCCGGGUCCUAACAGCCGGGCAGCUGCAGGACUAUCGCUGCUUUGUACAGACCAAGGCUGCGCUGCUCAUCCGGCAGAAGGACCUGGACGAAAAGCAGAGGCUGAGCGAGGAGCAGCUGGAGUCGCUGCUCAACAGCAUCCCGUCCUGAAAGCCGUCCUGCUGGGCGCUCGCCUGUCCUCACAGCCAUGGGGAUUUGUGUUCAGGCCUCCCACCCCUAGAUGGCGCCCCAUCCUUCUGCUUCCGUGGAAUGUCUGUGCCGGGUGUGUCAGCGGCGAAUUUGUCUCCGGUUUAGAAUUUACAUUUUAAACUUUAACGCGUCUUUAAUUCCGCUAUAGUCACUUGUUACCAAGAGAAGAAAGUCAUUUUAAUAACCUGGAAUUAAUAAGCUUUAAAAUAAUCAUGGCUUUGGGAUUAUUUGAAGAAGAAGAAAAUCAUGACAUUUCAUAAUAGUUUUAAGGUGGAGCAUUUUUAUUGGUCAUUUUGGCACUCGAUGAAAACCAAAAAAAGAUUAAAAAGCACUUUCACAUGUACUUGCACAAAAAUAUAUGGAUUUUUGUUUCCAGAAGGUUGUUUUUUUUCCCCUCUCAAAAUGUUUUGUGAAAUAUCAGGCCUUUUCUGUAUCCAAUGAAAUAUUAUUUAUUCAAUGGUCUUGGAAAAAUGAAACUGACUGUGAUAUUUUGUUGGAUCAAAGAGAUCUUUGCGAUCUCCCCUCAGGGGCUGUAUGGAUUACAUCAUUUAUCGCCGCUUCUGCUUAAAAUAAACCAGCAUAUAUUACUUAACAAGGAACUGAAUGUUUCUAAUUUUUGACUACUUUAAUGACUAAGACCAAGCUUUCUUUUAAUGUCUUUAAAAUAUUGGCUAGACUGCAUGAGGAAUCAACAGAAGGUGGCCUGACUCUUUAAACUUGUCUCUGCCUCUGAAAAUUUGUAUCUCUGUCCUGAUGCACAGAUGUAGUGAUUUUUUAAUAUGGCUUUGGUGAAAAUCUCAUGUAUGGUCAAUAACCUAAAGAACAUUUCAUGACAUGCAAGUAAAUUAUCCUUAGGAAUUAGGACCUGCAUACUCAAAUACUAUCCCUGGAUCGUCACAAAAAGAUGUGGGAACGUUUUAGUGUUGAAUUCUGCUUUGUUGUUGGUAUCACAAACUAUGAAUCAUUUCAUUUUUCUCCACUAUACUGAAAAAAUAUUUAUGAAUUGCAUUAGUAUGUUUUAAUGUACAGAUUAAUUUGAAAUUAAUAUUUGCACUUCAUUAAUUGAUUUAAGCAUAAAAUUGUCUUGCUUAAAAAAAUAAAUGUACAUUCGCUUUCACUGUGGAGGCCGGUUUUGUUGUUGGUAAUAACUUGUUUGUUUGCAUAAUUUUACUUUUGCUGAUAUGUACCAUGGUGUUAUCUGGGUUUCUGCUUUUGCUUCCCUUUUAACAAAACAAAACGUUUUGUAUUAAUUGUCAACACUGUGUUACUUAUUAGGUUGCCAUAUGCAACCCAGUUACCCUUAAUGUAGAUUUUAAACUGUUGACCCUGACUGGACAAGUACUUUGCUCACUGACGGAGGGAAUGUUGUCAAGGAGACGGCGGAAGGUCGUCGGACUAAUAAUAGCACUUUCCCCUUUGUGACAUCAUCCCAUCUUAUAACGGCGUGAAAAAACGUGGUCGUGUUUUGAACUUAGGCUCAGGUUGGCCUACGGAACGCUGUCUGAGUAGCGUAGAACAAACAGAUCACUGAAAAUGUUUGUGCCCAUAAGGAAUUCCGGUGUAUAUGAAAUAAAGUGGUUUAUUUUUCUUAAUUAUUAA